AUGGAGAUCACACCUGCUGGCUGCGACCAUGAGAUUCCUGAACACCUAUUCAUGUGCUCUAGACUUUACAUCGCAGCAUUUCGCGGUUACACAGAUGAGGUCUUCAGUCUCUUAGCCGGAAGCAGUGGCGCCGCCGUGGAGCCGGCGAACAGCCGGCCGUCGCCGGCAGCGCAAGAACAUGGUACUUCAACGAAUCACCAUGGAGGCUGCAGCAUUCGCGAGGUGACCGCAGAGCGCAGCAAACUUCUCCACAUCGCCGCGGGGGAAGGACACGGCGAACUGAUCGCCGAGCUGUGCAGUCACGACAGCAGCCUCCUCUCCUCGUCGAGCUCGUCGGGGAACACGCCGCUGCACUGCGCGGCGAGGGCGGGGCACGCCAGCGCGGUCCGUGGCAUCGUGCGGCUAGCCCGGGCCAACGUGGAGGAGGACAGGCUGAAGGCGAUGCUGCGUGGCAUGAACGCCACUGGGGACACCGCGCUGCACCUCGCCGCGAGGCACGGCCAUGGCGAGGCGGUGGAGGAGCUGAUGGAGGUGGCACCGGAGACUGCGUUGGAGCUGAACGGCGGCGGCGUGUCGCCGCUGUACCUGGCGGUGAUGAGCAGGUCGGUGCGCGCCGUAAGGGCGAUACUCUCUUGUAGGGAUGCAUCGGCUGCUGGCCCUAGUUCUCAGAAUGCGCUGCAUGCUGCCGUUCUCCAAUCUUCAGAAAUGGUUUCAUUGCUACUACAGUGGAAACCAACACUUGCUACUAAGGUUGACAGCAGUAAGAGCACUCCACUACAUUUCGCUUCAUCUGACGGGGAUUGUUCCAUCAUCCAAGCAAUCCUAACUCAUUUGCCACGUAGCGCUACAAACAUCCAAGACAACAAGGGCCUUUCACCUCUACACAUUGCAGCACUAAUGGGCCAUACAGAAACAGUUCGCAUGUUGCUGCAGUUCUCCCCUGCUUCUGCAGACAUUUGUGACAACCAAGGCCAAAGCUUUCUACAUGCAGCAGCUAUGAAGGGCCAUUCUUCCAUCAUCUCAUACGCUGUAAAGAACAGCAUGCUUAAGCAUCUUUUGAAUGCCCAAGACAAAGAGGGGAACACGCCGCUCCAUUUAGCUGUCGUUGUAGAGGAAUGCAAGGUUGUUUCUAAGCUAUUAUCAAGUGGAGAGGUACAUGCCAACAUCAUGAACAAUGCAGGCCACACACCAUCUGACAUCAUAAAAAGAUGUAAAGGUUUCCACUCAAUGGUAAGUUUAGUAGUAAAGUUGCAUGAGUCAGGAGCACAGUUUCAACCACAAAGGCAAGAUCUUAUAGAGAAAUGGAAUGCUCAAGACAUCAUGAAAUGGAGAGACAAUACAUCAAAAAAUCUCGCUGUUGUUUCAACACUUAUAGCAACGAUUGCCUUUGCCGCAGCAUUCAAUGUUCCUGGAUCAUAUGGAGAUGAUGGGAAAGCGAAUCUAGCGGGUGACCCCAUGUAUAACGCUUUCCUGAUUCUAGACACCAUCUCCAUGGUUACUUCAGUUGUGGCGACAAUACUGCUGGUAUAUGGGAGGGCCUCCAGAUCUCAUCGCUCAUGGCUGAGCUUUGUGAUCUCAAUGUACUUUCUGUGGCUGUCAAUAAAUUGCAUGGUGUUCGGCUUCUUCACAGCAAUAGCCGCAGUAAGCAAGAAGGGCAUAAAGAUUGCAAUGUCCCAACUGAUCUACCAUGGGAUGUACAUCUUGACAAUGCAGCUUACAUUUUUAGCAAUGCCAGGGUCAUUUAUAAGCACUAUGAAGUUCCUCGUAAGUGGUAGAAUGGAGAGACAGCAACACGCUAAGAGGCACAUCAAACGGCAAUAUCCCUUCAUUGCCUUUUACACUUUCAAUGUAAUCUUCUUCUUCAUUAUAAAUAAUAUAGCAAUGUUGACAUUCGAUGCCACUAGAGCUCUUAGUUUUUGA